AUGAAAGCUAGCGCACUACAGGAGUCAAUGGAGAGAGCAAUGAGGAAAAAAUUCAGGGAAGAGUCUGAAGAUGGAUGGAAGAUCAGGGAAAAGAAGGUGGACUACUCUUCCUUUCUUACAGAUGACAUUCUUUUUGAUAUCCUGAGAAGGCUUCCUACUGUUAUCCUUCGUUAUAAGACUAAGUUUGUCUGCAGAAGAUGGUUCAAUAUAAUAACUAACAAAAUCUUGAUAGAACAUGCUUCUUUCAUCGUCCAGAGGUCAAGUGGACCUCACACAGCAAUUCAGGUGGUUAUAAGAAAGGAUUAUAUCUUCCUUGGUGUGGAACAUCUUGUCGGAGGACACUAUACAAUCAAAUGUGGAGUGGCCCUUGCCUUCGAUGGAUUCAAGGGAGUCUACAAGGCCAUUCACAUAUUUAUGGGCCCACCAAUCCAGUGCAAGAUUAUUGAAUUGAAUAGAGAUAUUACCUCUGGUGUUUCCUCGAUGUGGAUUAAGACUGAAGGGCCUUCUUAUGAUAUGGGUGAAGGGCAAUAUUAUUGGGGUAACCCGGUUUCAGUUCAGGGCAGGUACUUUCAUUGGGAUGUUCAUUCCUCUAAGUACCUGGUUUCUGUGAACAUGGUGAAAGAUAAAAUUUUGCAAAUCCCCCUACCAAAAUGCAAUGAUGAUUGA